ACUGCGUCGUGCGUUACAUACGGACACAGUGAGUCCCAUAAGCCUAAUCCUCCAUAACUGUCCAAGGAAACCAGCGAUCCCUACAGAUGGCAAGCAAGCAUUGGCUGGUGGUUGGUAUCUCCGGAGUCACUUGUGCUGGAAAAACCACCCUGGCUAAGAGACUCUUGGCUUCGCUCCCUACGCUAGCCGUCUACCUGGGCCAAGAUGAGUACAUUUACUCUGAUGAAUUCCCCGGCCACCUUUUGGCCCCUCCAGCACUCGGUGGUCUCAACAGGGAUUCUCUCAGGAGUAUCGACAUGGACAGGAUGGUUGAGGAUAUCCACGUGAUUCUUAGUACUACCAGUUCUCGCCCUGGCUCCUCCUCUGGGGUGUCGGUUCCGAGGGAAUGGGAGAGGGUUAACGCAGCGGCCCUGGCGGUUGGGAAACGACCUGCGCCAUCGUUACGGGAACGCUCUGCCUAUAUGCCAGUUCUGCUGCUUGAUGGUUACCUGCUGUUCAACCAUGCAGAAAUUCCGCCGCUCUGCGACCUCCUUUAUUUUAUUACUCUGCCGAAGGACGAGUGUUGGAAGAGAAGAAAGAAGAGGGUAUAUGCAUCACAGUGCCAAGAUGUAAAGCUGUAUUUUGAGUUGUGUGUCUGGCCAAAAUACAAAGAGCAUUUUCAACAGAUGAUAGAAUCUGUCAGUAACAUAUGCUUUAAAAAUGGGUGUACAGAUCCAGACACACUGUAUCUUAGUGUUUUUCAAGACAUUAUGCAAGAACUUGAGAUUAAUAAACAGUAUCGUUCAUUUCAUCACUGAACAACGGAAAGUUUGCAUAUAAGCAUGAAAUAGAAAAGAAAUGCUUAGAAUCUUUUCAUAGAUAACUUUAGUUGUUGGUCUGCACUUACAGUUAUUGGCCGAAGCCAGCCUAAUGCCCUUUUUGCGAAAUUUUGUCAAAGCAGCUGAGUCUCAUGAUCUUUGAUGAUAAUAAAUCCUCCAGAUUCAAACCUCCCGUUAAUUAUAAAUGUAAUGACAUUUUAUAUAAUCAAAGUCAAAGUGUUUUUCCAAGUUAUUUAAUCAUUUGAUAAUGUUACUACUUGCUUUUAACAAUUGCUAAUAUUGUUCCUGUUGUGCCUUAUGACAACGAACAUUUUCUGAUUGUACAUGUUUAAGUAAUUUUCAAAUGUAUGAUUCCAAUACUCGUCUUCAUCAAUGCAUGUUAGUCACAUUCCCGUCCGAAUUUCGUAAAUAUCUAAAGAAUAUCACUGUAAAGUAGAACAUGUUGUCAUAAACCUAUGUCAUAUUCAUAUCCAGUAAAUACUCUUUAAAAUGUGAAGGAAGGAAGAGAGAGAGAGAGAGAGAGAGACAGAGACAGACAGAGAGACAGACAGAGAAUCUUUAUUAUCAGAUGCAUGAACUUUCCAUUCGUACAAAGCGCCUUAACACUUUGACGUCAAGCGGUCAGAGGGACUAACCACUUAAUUUAAUGCCCGGUAUACCUUUUCCCCAUUUUUUUUUUCUUGUAAUGAAUUCAUAAACAAUAUUUGUACAUAAAAAUUAUCUUAAAUAAACGAAUGAUAUUUUCAA